UAAAUAUACACUUUGCUACUAUUUUAUGAAUAAAUGAAACCAAAUCAUUGAAAUUUCAAUAGAAAUAUAUCGAAAUGCAAAUAAUAGACGGCAAGAAAACUUAUUAAAAUUUAAUUGACGUCACCAGAUCUUAUCGUCUUUUUUUGCGGUUUUCAUUUAAAAGUCCAAUGUUCACACGGGACAAAAAUGACGCACCCAAAUCAGCUGAUUGAGCGGCCGUUUAAAUCCUACUUUUUGCGUGUCAGUUUCUGCACUGACGAGUGUAGAGUUCUAGGAUCGAAAUUUAAUCAUUUUUAAGGAUUGGAAUCACGCGCAUUAAAAAGACACAUCAGGUUGAGCGUUGCAGUACCAUCAACUGUUGGACGAAAUCGCAGAGAUCCUGACAAAGUCGCAAGAUGAGCCAGCCGAGCUGCGGGGACCCGGCGUUCCGACACCCGGACACGCCGAAGCGGGCCGGCGACACGGACCAGUGGCGGCGCGGCCCGGCGGCGCCCGGCUGGGACGUCGGCUCCCCGGCACUGCGCGACCCGCGCGCAUCCGACCUGCGCACGCCCGGCCGGACCGACGGCGGCGCCCUCGGCUCGACGGCCGACGGCGCCGCCACGCCGGCUCACGUGAACCCGUUCGAGUGUGACGACAUGAUGACGUCGUUAUCGCUGCCGACUUCCAGUCCGUCCCUCUUCGAGCGCGUGCAGAGUCCGGACAAAGAGGAGCCCGGUCUGGGGAUCGAGCACCGCGCCCAGCUGUUUCCCGCGCAGAUCGAGCUGACGCCGUCCACCUACCACAAACAGCUGAUGGCGCAGCACUACGAUCCGCACAAGGAGGUGCAGGUGCAGACCGCCAUCGAACGUUUCUUCAACUCUGAGAAGAUCGUGCCGUCUCCGUGGAGCGCCGGGCCGCAGCGGCGCGUGCUGCCGCCGGCCGCCGGUCUCCAGGAGAGUCCUCUGGCGGCGGCCGGGCCCGGCCCGCUGCUGCGCCACUGCGCCGUCCAGACGGAGCUGUCACUGCCGGCGCGGCUGCCAGCCGAGCUGGAGCGCGCGCUGGCGCCCUACCUGCGUGGCGCGGCCGAUCGGAGUUCCAGUCCUCAGGAGGACGACUCGAUGCUUAGUAACUCGACCCUGCGCCGACGGCUGCUCUUCCACAACGCCGGCGCUGGCGAGCUGGCCAGCGCGGAUGUGUCCAUGGCCGACCCGGACACUAGCGUCUACCACUUCCCCGACAGCCCGGACAAGGGCCACCUGGUACCGACGUCACCGCCCUCUCCGGGCGGCGCGCGCGCCUCCGAACAGCACAGGACCGAUGUGGAGUCGCCACCCGUCUCACCCAUCGCCAAGUCGAUGCUGGAUUCCCCGAGUACGAGCAGUAUAAAGUCGCAGGGCCUGGCGCGCAUCCGCUACCCGAGCUCAGACCUGUCGGAGGCCGACUGUGACGAGCCGACCGGCGUAGAGUGUUUCAACGACCGUCACGACUCCAGCGCGGCUGCCUGCGCCGGCGGCGGCCCGGGCGCGGCCGCUGCUGUCGGCGCCGACGGCUCGCUGCCGGGUGCCGACGACUCUGCGCCGCAGGACACGGGCUACCACUCGACGCUCACGUCGCUGCCGUCACUGUCGGCGCGCCACCUAGCGGCGGCUGAGAGCAGCCAGCUCGCGCGGCUGAUCGGCUCCGGCUCGGCCUCCAUGCUCGCCUCCACGCGGCUCGACGAGCCGUCCGUGCUGACGGCGCCGGCAGAGGACGAGGGUCGCGCCCGGCCGCCGGUACCCAUCGGGUCGUCGACUCCGAGCCGCUCCCAGCGCCGGUGACCACCGCCCGCCGAGGGGCGGUGCUCCUAGGUCUUCAGUGACUCGUGUGGGCGGUACCGCGCCCCUAGGUCUUCAGUGCCUCCAGUGUGGGCGGUACCGCGCCGCUAGGUCUUCAGUACCUCCUCAGGGAGUGGUGUUGGCGUCCCUAGGCCCUCAAUACUCAGUGGCGCCUUGGGAUGAGCCCGCCGCCCCCUGCCUUCCCUUGGCUAUCAUUCUCGAGAUGUCGACACUUAGAACUCCAUACAUCACU